GGCUCUCGCGAGUUCCUGCAACAGAGAUCAAGGCGGCAACGAUCAUGGAUUUGAGGUGGGUGGCGGCGGCGGUGUGUGCCAUGGCGCUCGUUAUUCGCAGCGAAGCCGCGGAGAAGCUUGCGUUCCCAGGUGCUUCCUUUGUGUUCGGCGACUCGCUCGUGGACGCCGGCAACAACAACUACCUUCCUUCCCUGUCGCGGGCCGACUUGCCCCCCAACGGCAUGGACUUCGCCGCCUCCGGCGGGCAGCCGACCGGGCGGUUCACCAACGGGAGAACCAUGGCGGACAUCGUCGGCGAAUUGCUCGGGCAGCUAAACUACUCGCAGCCGUUCUUGUCGCCUGAAACCAAAGGACCGGUCAUUCUCAACGGAGUCAACUACGCGUCCGGCGGCUCCGGAAUUCUCAACAGCACCGGAAGAAUUUUCGUGAAUCGGCUGGGAAUGGACGUCCAAAUCGAUUACUUCAACGUCACCCGGCGGCAACUGGACGAGUUACUGGGAACGAAGGCGGCCAGAGAGUUCUUGUGGAAGAAGGCCAUCUUCUCCAUCACCGUCGGAUCCAACGACAUCCUCAACAACUACCUCCUCCCGUUCUUCUCCAUCGCCGAAAGGGUCAAUCAAACGCCGGACGCCUUCAUCGCCGACCUCAUCGCCGCCCUACGACGGCAGCUCAUCAGGCUCUACUCCCUCGACGCCAGGAAAAUCGUGGUGAGCAACGUGGGGCCGUUGGGAUGCAUUCCCUACCAGAAGACGAUCAACCAACUGAACGAGAACGAGUGCGCCGGCUUGCCCAACCAAAUGGCGAUGAAGUACAACGCUCUGUUGAGGGACUUGCUCAUGGAGCUCAAUCGCCGCCUCCCUGGAGCUGUGUUUGUCCUGUCCAACGCAUACGACCUGGUGAUGGAGUUGCUCGCCAACUAUCGAGCUUACGGGUUUACGGAUGCAAGCACGGCGUGCUGCGGCAACGGAGGGCAGUACCGCGGCAUUUUUCCAUGCGGGCCGGCGUCGACAAUGUGCGAUGACCGAUCGAGGUUUGUGUUCUGGGAUCCUUACCAUCCGAGCCAGGCAGCGAAUGUGUUUUUUGCCAAGCAUAUGGCGGAUGGAGAUACGAGGUAUAUAUCUCCCAUGAAUAUUCGACAACUUUUGAAGCUGUGAGAUUCAUGUGACAGAGAUUGUCCAUUUGUUUUGGGGAUUGGUGGAGCUGUUUGUUUUUGUUUUUUUUUUCUUGUCGAUUUAGUGUGUCAUUCUACUUGUAUCAUUGUUGUUGGUAUUUAUUUUUAUUAUUAUUAUUAUUAUUAUUAUUAUUAUGUCUAA